AUGGGUGAGGAGAAUGAAACAAAUGUUGCUGAGAAAGGAACACAAACAGAAGUGAAUACACAACAGGAAAAUCAGGAGGUUCAAAUCCAGAUUGGAAAUAGAGGCAAACAAGCUAUGAUUUACCAUGGUAAAUCAAAUACAAAGAACCAACCAACCAUUGAUUAUGAAGAGCUGACAAGAAGGAAUAAAUAUGCAACAUUGAGGAUCCAGGAAAAUGAACCACCUGAUCAGCAAGGAGGAUGUUUGGAGACUAGAGUAAAACAAAGGAGAGCAAAGGAUAUACAGAAGAAAUUUGGUAGAGAUUGGAAAGUAAUAGAUAACUAUAAUGAUGCUCCUAAUGGUAGAAUUUGGCUGUGUUGGAAAGGAUCAACUGUUAAUGUAGAUGUAAAGCAGAUAACAUCACAAAUGAUCCAUUGCCAUUUAAAAGACAAAAACUCUGAAUUUCAGAGUGAUGUAACAAUUGUGUAUGGUCUUCAUACUAUAGCAGAUAGAAGAGAUCUAUGGAACCAAUUAAGGGAUAUCAGUGCAAGAACCAACGACCCUUGGUUGAUUAUAGGGGACUUCAAUAGUGUCCUAUCAGUGGAAGAUAGAAUUAAUUGGGCUCCUGUUCAUCAGAAUGAGGUGGUGAAUUUCAAACAAUGUCUCUCAGAUAUUGGAGUAGGUCUGAUAAACAAAAAAAGGAUGCAAUUUUCAUGGAGUAAUAAGAGAGGGGCUGAAGAAAGGAUCUAUAGUCAUAUAGAUUGGGCAUUUGGUAAUGCAGAUUGGUUUGGGGUAUAUGCAGGUAUUGAAGCAGUCUAUUUGGUACCUGGAUGUUCUGACCACACACCAAUCAUCCUGAAUACAGAAGUUCAAAGAAUGAAGAUGAGGAAACCAUAUAGAUUACUGAAUGUAAUGUUACAACAGGAAGAGUAUAAGACAGCAGUGAAGAAUAUAUGGAGACAAAAUAUACAAGGAUGCACAAUGUAUGCCAUUUGCAGGAAGCUUAAACUACUGGAGCAACAAACAAGAGGAAUACAAAGACGAUAUUCAUCAGUGGAGGAAAAACUCAAACAGAUGAAGGAGGAGCUGAAAAGAAUACAACAGAAACUCAAUGAAAACCUAUUGAAUCCACAACUAAUAGAGCAAGAAAAAGAAAUAUUGAGGCAAAUGGAAAAAUGGGAUGCAGUACAUGAGAAGGUAUUAAGACAGAAGUCAAGGGCUAUAUGGAUCAAUCAUGGGGAUUCUAAUAUCAAAUAUUUCCAUGCUCAAUUAAAGGCUAGACAGGCAAGAAAUAGAGUCACAUCUAUUUGUACAGAGAGAAAUGAAAGGUUGACUGAACCUCUACAGAUCCAACAAGAGUUUAUUCAGUUCUUCAAGAAGCUACUAGGAGAGUCAACACCAGUGAUGCCUGGAAUUGAUGUUAACAUAAUCAGAGAUGGCCCCUGCCUAUCAAUGGCACAGCAACAGCAAAUGAUAAGGCCAGUAACAGAGGAGUAA